AUGAGCGAUAGAAGAACACCUGCAUCAGAUGAAGAGUACGAGGAUGAAGAAGAAGAAAUAUCUUGGAUUUCUUGGUUUUGCACACUAAAAGGACACGAGUUUUUUUGUGAAGUCGAUGAAGACUAUAUUCAGGACGAUUUUAAUCUUUGUGGAUUGCAAAACGAAGUGCCUUUUUUCGAUUAUGCCCUUGAUAUGAUUCUUGAUUUGGAGUCCCCAAUGGAUGAAGAAUUAACAGAGGAGCAGCAACAAUUGGUUGAAUCUGCAGCAGACACACUCUAUGGACUGAUACAUGCAAGAUUCAUUCUCACAAACCGAGGCUUGGCUCUGAUGGAAGAAAAGUUUAGGCAGGUCCAUUUCGGAAGAUGUCCUCGUGUGCACUGCCAAGGACAAGCUGUUCUUCCUGUUGGUCAGUCCGAUAAUAUUAGGGAAUCAUCAGUGAAAAUCUAUUGUCCUAGAUGCAAUGAUAUUUAUUAUCCUAGGUCAAGCAGACACAGAGGCAUUGAUGGAGCAUACUGGGGAACAACAUUCCCUCACUUGUUUUUGAUUCAAUACGACAAUUUGAUUCCAAAGCCACCAACAGAGGUUUACGUUCCUAAAAUUUAUGGUUUUAAAGUCUAUGGAUACAAGAAUUACAAUGUCCGAGCAUUAAGACAAGAAGAACCAAAAGAAGGAGAGGGCCAAGAACAAAAAGAAGAGAAUGGUUCAGCAUCGAAAGCCGAUUUUUAG